CGACCCUAUACAGUCGACUCCAGACGAAGGAAUCUUAGUUUGGACAGAGCCUUCCUUGGGCUCGUCAAUGCUUUCCACGGUGGAUGGCUUAGGAGUGUUGUUCCUAUUCGCAGCACAUUGGAGAAUCCCAAGACCCGCCGACAUGAGAGGGCAGUCACUGUGCACGCAGGACCUGUCUGCGCACUGUAGGUACGACGAGAUGUGGAAUUUGGUAUAAGAUGAGAGAAAUAUCUUGCCAUUCUGGAGAUAUCAUCACACAACACAACUCUUCAGCAGCGAGCAGCCAGCAGCAUCACACCACUACAACAUUCAUCUUCAGAAUUCCAACUCUCGACACCACUUCCGACACUCCAACUCAGAAUGCUUUCCAAGUCUUUCUCCAUUGCCAUUCUGGCAUCAACCCUCGCUUCCGGCAGCGUCAUCCCAGCAAAGCCAGAAGCUGAACUCCUUCCUCGAGUCGACCAGCCUUCCAACCCAUGGAUCAACGAGAACUGCUUUCACCCAUACGAAGUCCCAAUUGGCGUCAAAUCAGACAAGUGCCCAAAGAAGAACACAAUCAAGGACGACGGCAACGGUAAAUACUGCUCCGGCAAUUCUCCUUGGUCCAACAGCUGCCAACGUUAUUGCGAGGAGACUCUCGAAUGGCGUUACGGAGAAGUCUACCCAUUCGACAACACCCGCUGCGGCAAAGGAUCGGCCUGCCGUCUGGAUCAGAACAUGCGAGUGGACGUGGGCCAAUCGACUACCUUCAACAUCGGUAUUACUCAAGCGGCGUUCUCCGCGGGAGCUUCAUUCACAUGGACCGAAACGAAGAGCACUGGUAACGGCAUCAUUCGUGAUAAGCCAGAGGCUCUGAUCGAUUCUUGUGGGUUUUGGGGAUUCGUGCCUCACAUUGUGAAGAGUUGUGGUAUGUCUGCAAAGAGUGAGGUGAAGUCUAACCCCUUCAACAAGUGGUGCGCGCACAGGGUGGAUGAAUAUGUGUGCAUCGAAAGCGUUUUCCAGACUGCUACUGGUACAGCUUCGGGAGACACUGUCUUCGUGGCUACGGACUGUACUACUGGAGCACCACUGCCAGAUGACAAGCAGGAUCCAAUCUACCUCAAGGCGCAGAAGUAGAGCUUAGACUGAGGGUGGUGUGAAAAGCAUUGGGAUAGGCGUUCGGGACUUGGUGCUUUUGUUUUCGGAGAACUCGAUCAUCUUAAUCCAGCUACUCUCUACAUCAAGUAAACUCAAUGCAAUCGUGGCCUCAAAAGGGUG